UCCACAUCGCACACCACCACGCCUUUUCUAUCCCAUUUAACAAAAUCCCACUCAAUUUCUUGCAAGUCAAUGCCUUUAAAUGCGCUUCCAAGUUGUGGGUUAGAGAGAGAGAGAGUCUUGCAGUGGAAGAACAACUGUUGAUCAAGAAAGAGAGAACUGAAGGGAGAGGGAGAAGAAAAUGGAGAAAGCCACUAACAGACAAAGAAUUCUGCUGCAACAUUUGCGACCCACUUCUUCAGUUUCUCACCAGACUUCUGAUUCUUCUCUUUCUCCUUCGAUAUGUUUGGCCGGAGAUAGUGCUGCAUACCACAGAACAGCUGCUUUUGGAGAUGACAUUGUCAUUGUGGCAGCUUAUCGAACUGCCAUUUGCAAGUCUAAACGAGGGGGAUUCAAAGACACCCUUCCGGAUGAUUUACUUGCCGCUGUACUAAAGGCGCUGAUUGAUAGAACAAAUCUGAAUCCUGCUGAGGUGGGAGAUAUAAUUGUAGGCACAGUUCUUGCUCCAGGUUCGCUGAGAGCUAUUGAGUGCAGGAUGGCAGCACUAUAUGCCGGUUUUCCGGAUAGUGUACCUGUCAGGACAGUCAAUAGACAAUGUUCGUCUGGUCUCCAGGCCGUUGCUGAUGUUGCUGCCUUCAUACAAGCUGGGUAUUAUGACAUAGGCAUUGCUGCUGGAUUGGAGUCGAUGACAGUAGAUGCUAUGGGCGCAAUUCAAAUGGUUAACCCAAAAGUGGAAAGGUUCAGUCAAGCUCGUGACUGUCUUCUUCCAAUGGGCGUUACCUCUGAAAAUGUUGCAGAACGCUAUGGAGUGACCCGCGAAGAACAAGAUCAAGCUGCUGUUAUCUCUCAUCAACGUGCUGCUGCUGCUGCUGCAUCAGGAAAAUUCAAAGAUGAAAUAAUUCCAGUUUCGACAAAGAUUGUUGACCCCACAACCGGUGAGGUCAGGCCUGUUACAAUUUCAGUGGAUGAUGGAAUUCGGCCAAACACAAAUAUGAAAGAUUUGGCAAAGUUGAAGCCCGCAUUCAAGAAGAAUGGAACCACCACUGCUGGGAAUGCAAGUCAGGUGAGUGAUGGUGCUGGAGCUGUCCUCCUCAUGAAACGAAGUUUGGCUAUGCAAAAAGGGCUUCCCAUUCUUGGCAUAUUCAGGAGUUUUGCUGCUGUGGGUGUGGAUCCUGGUGUUAUGGGCAUCGGCCCUGCCGUUGCUAUUCCACCAGCGGUUAAGUCAGCUGGUCUCGAACUUAGCGACAUUGAUUUAUUCGAGAUAAAUGAGGCAUUUGCUUCCCAGUUCGUAUAUUGCUGCAAGAAACUGGACCUUGAUCGUGAAAAAGUUAAUGUCAAUGGAGGAGCAAUGGCCCUCGGACAUCCCUUGGGAGCUACAGGGGCUCGUUGUGUUGCUACACUACUAAAUGAGAUGAAGCGUCGUGGCAAGGACUGUCGUUUUGGUGUUAUAUCAAUGUGUAUAGGUUCGGGCAUGGGUGCUGCUGCUGUUCUUGAAAGAGGGGACUGUGUGGACGAUCUGUGUAAUGCACGGGCGGUGAGUGAGAACAACUUCUUAUCAAAGGAUGCGAUGUGAGCACAAUUUGUUAUGGAAAUGAAUUAUGUUUGUGAAAUUGAUGGUGGAUGAGACAUGAAAAAACAGGUGCAAUGUUAAGUUUAUUGUAAACCAAUUCCGGUGUUGAAGAGAGAGAGCGAUAACAGAGUCUCUGUUAAAUAUUUUAAGUACAACUCAGCUAAUGAGGACUAGCUCGAUUGACGAAUCUGAGGCCCCUAAGGUCAUGUAUCAAACGCGUUGAAUACGUGGAAUGUACUAUUGCACAGUAGAUAUUGUCUAUUGUAAUAAUAAAUGUUAUUUAGAUUUUGUUGAUUAA